UUGCGCACACUGACACAGUGAACAUUUUUUAUUUGCGCUGUUAAUUUAUUUAUUUAAUUUCUUUAUUUUUUUCUUCAUUAUUCCUCGCGGAGCGGGAGCGUCCGGUCACGUGAGCUUGCACCGCGCGUGUGCACCCCACAUUCAUAAACGAUGUCAUUCGAUGGCUUGACCUUCGUUGGAAAGAAAGUGAGCGCAGCACGAGUGACACGAAUUAAACGGUACAACAUGGAGGCCGGCCGCUACGAGGUCCUGGCUGCUGUGGGUGAGGGCGCCUCCGGACGCGUGUUCAAGGCACGCGAGACCGGCGGCUGCCAGCGCCUCGUGGCCCUCAAGAAGGUCAGGGUCCUCGAGCAGAUGGAGGAAGGCGUGCCUGCCUUCGUGAUCCGCGAGGUGGGACUGCUGCGCAAGUUGGAGGCCUUCGACCACCCCAACGUGGUCAAGUUAUUAGAUGUUUCAGUUGAAGUCCAAAAUCAGACCUCAGAGCUGACUUUAGUGUUUGAAUAUGUUGAUCAAGAUUUGUGUGCAUUUCUUGCCUCGGUAGCAGAGACUGGUCUCAGCAGGUGGAAAAUUAAGGACAUAAUGUUACAGCUGCUGCGAGGCCUCGACUUCCUUCACACCAACAUGCUGGUGCACCGGGACCUGAAGCCGCAAAAUGUGCUGGUCAGCAGCCACGGUGAGAUCAAGAUUGCGGAUUUUGGUCUGGCGCGGAUCUACAGCCACCACGUGGCUCUCACGCCCAUUGUGGUGACCCUGUGGUACAAAGCUCCGGAGGUCCUGCUACACUCCGGCUACAUGUCCUCCGUGGACAUGUGGAGCACUGGCUGCAUCUUCGCUGAGCUCUUCCUCCUCAGACCCUUGUUUUGCGGCUAUUCUGACAUACAGCAGCUCCAGAAAAUCAUAGAUGUGAUCGGCCUGCCUGCACAGGAGGACUGGCCUGCCGAGAGCCCCAUCCCGUACCCUGCCAACUGGAAGAGUGGUAAUACCUUAAAUCAGCUGCUGCCGAACUUGCACCAGGAAGAGAGGGACUUGCUCUUGAAUUCACAGCCCGUUCCUGCCAGGGUGUGAUGGGGGGAACCAGUUUAAAGGCAGCUGGAAUACCUCACUAGCCCAGCGCUGUGAGAAAAGGCUAAAUUGGUAACAGUCCAUUUGAUCGAGGGCCUAAGUUCUGGACUGGAGAUCCUGAUGUACUGUAAGCCACGAGAAGCAGGCUUGAGGACCACUGCAGGGAUACAGGUUUCUUUGCAGGGGUGUGUUGGAACAGGGGAUUGACUGUGUUUUGUCGGUGUGCCCACAGCAGUUUCUGGCCUUUAACCCAUCCAAGCAUGUCUCAGCCUUUGAGGCACACCUUCCUGGCUGAGCAGUAGCACCGCUACCCAGGGACCCUAUGGCUGCUGAAGAG